AUGAGUGAAUCGUCUUCAGUAUCAUCAACAGCAAAGUCUGUUCGAUUUGGCGACAUUGUCAUUCGAGAAUUCCCAAUUAUGCUUUCUGACAAUCCAGCUGUCUCAGCUGGUGUGCCUGUUGGCAUUUCAUGGAAUUGCACAAAGCAAUAUCGACACGAACUUAUGGAAUACGAACACUGUAUCAAGAGAAAACGAUCAUCCGAGACAAGAUGUCCAAGGUUGGAUGCUCAGCACAGAGCCCAACUGUUGCUGACAUCCGGAUACUCAGUCCCCGAGAUUGUGGAUACUGUGGUGGAAGUUACCGAAAUUCAAAGGCAACGAGCCGCGAGUGCCAAGGACAAAAAAUGGGAAAUGGGGUCCUUCUACAAGGGAUUGGUGGACUCUGUGGCCAAGGUUGGGAAAUCACCAGGAUACCACAUUCGUAUUCUCCUGUCCUACCAGUCGAAACUCAGCAGAUCCGCUUCGUUCAGGUUUCAGAAACCAAAACGAAGCAAGUCCUCAGAUGAUUUCAGCGUGGAAAUGAAUCUCGAGCAAGGCCGACCUUCGUCCUUCAAGUUCGAGAAAAAGAAGCGUAGCAACUCUUUGGAUCUUGACGAUAUCUUGGAUGAUGACACCACUACUGUGUGGGCGAGACGGAAAGAAGAUGCAUCCACCAAACCAAACACAAGAAUUGCCCGAUCCGCAUGA